UUUUAGGCUGUCAUUUUAUUUCAAGUUGAGGAUGGAUAUUUUCUUAUUAUAUUGUCAUUAAUGGCUUCGUCGAUGCAAAAUAAUAGAGUUUCGCCUCCGGGUUACUGCGUAUGUUGCAGAACGUGCAACAUGUGGUGCUGGAGAGCUUUUAAAUGGCUUCCCGUGUUGUUAAUAGUGUCUAUCGUGACAUGGUCUUAUUAUGCCUACGUUAUACAGUUGUGCAUUUUUACUAUUGAAAGUACAGUGCAACAAUGUAUAUACCUCGUACUUUAUCAUAUUUUGCUGAUAAUGUUUGCGUGGUCCUAUUGGCGGACAAUUUUUGCUGAUAUUAAACCAAUUCCAGAAAAGUAUAAAUUACCAGAAGCGGAAUUGGAAAAGUUGCUUAGUGCAGAAACAGAAGAUGCACAGAGGACAAUUUUAGAGAACUUUGCUAAAGAUCUCCCAAUAGUCACUAGAACAAUGUCGGGUUCUGUCCGGUACUGCAAUCGCUGUGUGCUUGUAAAGCCAGACCGAGCUCACCACUGCAGUAUCUGUUCGAGAUGCGUGCUCAAGAUGGACCACCACUGCCCUUGGGUCAACAAUUGUGUCUGCUUCCACAACUACAAGUUCUUCAUGCUUUUUCUCGGCUAUGCACUCUUGUACUGUCUGUUCGUCAUGUCGACGUGUCUACCUUACUUCAUUAGAUUUUGGAAGGGUGAUUUCGGGAUGUCGGGCAGCGCUGGACGGUACCAUAUAGUGUUUGCGUUUUUUGUGGCACUUAUGUUCGCUAUCUCACUUGGAUCUUUAUUCGGAUACCACUGCUAUCUCGUCGCACACAACAGAACUACUUUAGAAGCGUUCCGAGCACCGAUGUUCCGAGGGGGCGCUGACAAGAACGGUUUCUCCAUAGGAGCUUACAAUAACUUUAAGGAGGUGUUCGGCAACAGUCCGAACAAGUGGAUAGUACCGGUCUUCACAAGCCUCGGGGACGGCUGUGAGUACCCGGUGCGGCGCGAGCACCAGCUGCAGACGUUCAGCGCGCCGCAAGACGCGCUCGGCUACGACUCUAUGGGCAUCACGCGCUCCAGCUUCGGUGAUGGCAUCGUGUACCCGCUGCCUCAGCAAGACGAAGACACGGAGUCGUUACUCAGUUCGGAGAGGUGGGAUCGCUGGGGAGAGAGAGCUCGGCCCUUCGACGAACGGGAGAGUUCAUCGCUAGACGAACUAUGAGUGUAGGUGGCCACGUGUUGAUGCAGGCUUUUGGGUUCUCUUUGACCUCUAACCGUCUGACCUAAAUUACCCCUAGAUACCUUAAUUCUGUUGAUUGUUAUUUUGACAUUUAUGAUAAAGGAAUUUGUAAUAAAGAAUAUUUAUAAGGCUCUUACGUAUUGUACGAAUUGCUCAGAGUAAUUAAAAUAACAGUUUAGGAUUAUGUUUACAAAUCAAUUUACUAAUGUAGAGAUAUGUGUGUUGUAUACAAUUUAUCCCGUUUAUAUUGUACACCCUGAUUCCUAUUACGGCUGAACAGUUAUAGACAACUGAACUUUAUAUUAUUUAAAGUAAAAUUAACUUGAAAGUGUUAUUAUAAGGACUCGACAUAACGGUAUAAUUUAUAAUCUGUAUUUUAAUGUGUUUCGGUACAUAAAUAUUGUGUAUUUGAGUGUAUGUAUUAAGGUAUCUAUGUAUUUAUAAAUUAAUUGUCUAUGCAGAUCUAUAGCUUUUAACUAUGUUUAUAUUAAAAAUAGCUAAUAGAAUUCCACUUGACGAGUAAUUUGUAGAUUAAAAAUAACAAGCCUGCAUUGGAAAUAUGUGGCCAUUAGUGAAAGUCGUCUGCAGAAUAAUGCAUAGAAAUAUUACGUUAAUUGGUGCUGUAGUAUUUGUACAGGAUAUAAUUGUUUAGGUGAUAGGUUAAUUAGCGACAAGAUUACUGAAUACAAAUAGGAAAAUAUUAAUUUUAUGUAAUUAGACACAGUUGUAAUAUCACGAUAAUGAUUCCGAAUUAAGAAAGCAGCUUAAAUUCGUUUUAUUUUAAUCUAGAUAAUAAAAAAAUCUAAGACGAAAUUUAAGAAAUUAUUAAAACAAAGAAAUCGAUUUCACGUACCUCGACGUAGAAAAAAAUAAACAUUUUAAUAAUUAUAAGGAAAUCAUCAAAAAUUAUGAUAAAAUGAUGAUUUUACUUGUUUAUUUUUGCAUGUAAAUACAAAUUGCUUACGACUUUGUAAUAAGACUGCUAACGAUAUGUGUUAGAGGGAAAAUGAUAAUGUAGUGUGUAUAUUUAUGUUUUCAAUGUUGGUACCAGAAGUAUUUUAUGACAAACAGUUAUAUUGCCAGUAAAUACCUUGCACUUCCUCGUUGGUCUAGUGGCUAGGUUUAAGGCCACAGAUCCCGAGGGUUCAAGCCCUAGGUCGGGCCAAUAGAAAGUUAUUGGGUUUUCUGUGGAAAAUUGAAUGUUUCUCAGUAGCAUCUCGGAGUUUGGAAGUUGGAAGUGUGUACACUCCCGUGCCUCGGAAAGCACGUAAUAUCGUUGCUCCUGCGCCUGAACUCUUUCUUGUCGUGUCGGAAAGUUAAGGAAUAGAGAGUGUACCUGUGUUUGAGCACACACAUGUGCACUAUAAUAUGUCCUGAGCAGUUGGCUCUCUUGAGAUUGGCCGUGGCCGAAAUCGGUCCGGAGGACAUCAAGUACCUUUCAAGUGUGCCUGUUUUAGCUAUUUUGACUUAAAGACUACGUACUUUUUAAUAAAUAGUUAUAGAAGUUAAUACAAAUGCUAUCUCGAUCAAUAAAUGAAGUAUUUUUUUUCAUACAUGCUAAAGACGUAAUUAUGGAAAUGAGUGAAGUUUUAAUAGUUUGAGUAUAUUAUUAGUCAUUUUAAAUAUUAUAGUUCGUGUCCCCAGUGAGUAAAAAUGUUGCAAAAAUAAAAAUUGUAUUUAUUAAUGUAGUAGUAUUUCAUAUUAUUUCUUUCUUUCAUGUCAUUUUGUUAAAUAGUAAAAGUCCAAUUGAUAUUUGGUGCCUUACAAAUUUGUAUUUUGCUAUAAUGAAGUAGGUGCAAUAAAAAUUAAAAUAUUAUUGUUUUAAGUUUAAUUUAAUUAUUUGUUAUGAUAGAAUGUUAGAAAUUUAAUUUAAAAAAAAACCACCUGCAUUUUCGAGGAGAAAUAUUCGCCAUUUAAUUUCGACAAUUGAUAUUUAUGUGACUCUCUUGAAAGAAAUUCUACGCUUAUUUUAAUCUGUUUUCAUGUAAUUUGUUUAUUCUUAAUGUUUACAUCUUUGAGUCGAAAAUUUAUUUUU